UGCUACAUAAAGUCUACAUUACGAGGCGGACUAUCGAACAGUUAAUGAACAGUGCAUUUGAUGACAGUGACUAUUAUUCAUCAAACACUCAACACUGAGUAUUGCAGUAGGGUGUGUGAGAUGCUAAAGCUACACAUCUCGUCAGUCCUUCUUUCACGGCAAACAGCAAGACAGAUACAUCAGACACUGGCAUUUUAUUGGGAAACCAAAGAUACCGGAGUUGACGACAGCAGCUAAGCGCAUACAGUAAGUCCGCUGUUGAGCGAUCUCACAGUAACUUCGCGAGACACUUGAAGCUCUGCAGCGUUGAGCCAAAACUGUGGUCCGAUGAUGGCUGAAGAUACUAGACCAGACAAGAGAGCCAGUUUCUCCGCUUUGACGGAGAACAACUCCAACGGGAUGGCCAGGACUUCCACCGUGAUCUCAGGAAAAGCUGGAGCCUCAAAGAAAUUAGUCAUAAAAAAUUUCAAAGAUAGGCCAAAACUAGCAGAAAACUACACAGAAGACACCUGGUUGAAACUGAGGGAUGCAGUUGGUGCAAUUCAGAACAGCACCUCCAUCAAGUACAAUCUGGAAGAGCUCUAUCAAGCAGUGGAGAACUUGUGUUCCUACAAAGUCUCCCCCACGUUGUAUAAGCAGCUGCGACAAGUCUGUGAAGAUCAUGUCCGAGCUCAGAUCCAUCAGUUCAGAGAAGAGUCUGUGGACAGCCUUUCCUUCCUGAAGCGCAUGAAUCGUUGCUGGCAAGAUCAUUGCAGACAAACUAUCAUGAUUCGAAGCAUCUUUCUCUUCCUGGAUCGUACAUAUGUGCUGCAAAAUUCACUACUUCCAUCCAUUUGGGACACUGGAUUGGAGCUGUUCCGUGUCCACAUAGUCAGCGAUGCUGCGGUCCAGAAGCGGACAGUGGAUGGAAUUUUGGAACAGAUUGAACUUGAGAGGAAUGGCGAGACGAUAGAUCGCAGUCUGCUAAGAAGCCUGCUGGGAAUGCUUUCAGAUUUACAGGUUUACAAAGAAUCGUUUGAAGAGAGAUUUUUGAGUGAGACAAAUCGCUUGUAUGCUGCUGAGGGACAACGGUUAAUGCAGGAAAGAGAUGUGCCAGAGUAUCUCCACCAUGUGGCACGUCGACUAGAUGAGGAGAAUGAGCGUGUUGUGAGCUACCUCGACCAGAGUACUCAGAAGCCACUCAUUAGCUGUGUUGAGAAACAACUUUUAGGAGAACAUAUGACGGCCAUAUUACAGAAAGGCCUGACUGUUUUGCUGGACGAGAAUCGUGUGACUGAGCUGACACUUCUAUACCAGUUAUUCAGUAAGGUCAAAGGGGGUCACCCUAUUCUCCUGCAAUUCUGGAGAGACUACAUCAAGUCAUUUGGUGGAGAGAUUGUGUGUACACCAGAAAAAGACAAGGACAUGGUUCAGGAGCUCCUGGACUUCAAAGAUAGGAUGGACAACGUUGCUCAGAGCUGCUUUGCACGGAACGAGAGCUUCAUUAACGCCAUGAAAGAAGCUUUUGAGGCAUUCAUCAACAAAAGACCAAAUAAACCUGCCGAACUUAUCGCGAAAUACGUAGAUUCCAAGUUGAGAGCUGGAAACAAGGAGGCUACUGAAGAAGAGCUGGAGAGAAUUCUGGAUAAGAUCAUGAUUAUCUUCCGUUUCAUCCACGGAAAAGAUGUUUUUGAAGCCUUUUAUAAAAAGGACCUGGCUAAAAGAUUGCUGGUGGGGAAAAGUGCUUCUGUUGAUGCAGAGAAGUCCAUGCUGUCCAAGCUUAAACAUGAGUGUGGAGCAGCCUUUACCAGUAAACUUGAGGGGAUGUUUAAAGACAUGGAACUAUCUAAAGACAUCAUGAUCCAGUUCAAGCAGUACAUGCAGAACCAGAGUGAUCCCAGUAAUAUUGAGCUGACUGUCAACAUCCUCACGAUGGGCUACUGGCCGUCCUAUACACCGAUGGAGGUACACCUUCCACCUGAGAUGGUGAAACUCCAGGAGGUGUUCAAGCUCUUCUACCUGGGGAAGCACAGUGGGAGGAAGCUGCAGUGGCAGCCCACACUGGGCCACUCUGUCCUGAAAGCAGAGUUCAAAGAGGGUAAAAAGGAACUCCAGGUUUCGCUGUUCCAGACACUGGUGCUGCUCAUGUUCAACGAGGGAGAAGAGUUCAGUCUGGAUGAGAUCCUUGUGGCCACUGGCAUAGCGGAGGGAGAGCUGAACCGGACUCUGCAGUCCCUCGCCUGUGGAAAGGCUCGAGUCCUCAACAAGAACCCCAGGGGCAAAGACGUGGAGGAGGGGGAUCGGUUCAACUUCAACAACGACUUUAAACAUAAACUCUUCCGCAUCAAAAUCAACCAGAUUCAAAUGAAGGAGACGGUAGAGGAGCAGGUGAGCACCACUGAGCGUGUUUUCCAAGACCGCCAGUAUCAGAUUGACGCUGCGGUGGUGCGGAUCAUGAAGAUGAGAAAGACUCUCAGCCACAAUCUUCUCGUCUCCGAACUUUACAACCAGUUGAAAUUCCCAGUCAAGCCAGGGGAUCUGAAGAAGCGGAUCGAGUCGCUCAUUGACAGAGACUACAUGGAGCGCGACAAGGAAACUCCAAACCAGUACCACUAUGUUGCCUGAAUGGAUCCCUGUGUCGCGCUUCCACACCACAAGCGAAACAGCUGCACCGCGCCGCCAACCCUUCACCAACAAACCAGCAUUAGAGCCAUUCAGCCACCCGACUGUCCUGGUGGCCAUCUUUAACAAUCACCCAUGAUCCUGGAUGAUUUGGCAAGAUCACACUGAGACCCAGACAAACUGUUGGCCUGGUGUCAAAAGCUGGAGCUGCAAAACUGAAAAAGCUGAGCACUUUUCUGUUUCAUUGGUUUUCUUCCGUUUGGUUUUCUCUGGUUUUCUACCUUAGUUGCUUUGUGUUGAGAUUCUGUUUGUUUCUUCUUGUUGAGUUCUCUUUACAAAUGGCUACAUGAAAUGAAUGAAAAUGCAUUUGAUUUUGUGGAUGUUUGGUUUGGCUGGCAAAAUGAUUCGAGGGAGAAUGCACAGCAAUGGAGAGGGACUGAUCUGAACAACGCUUCAUGCAGGAUGAUAGUAUGGCUUCUACUUGGGUCGAUCUUACUCGUUUUGACCAAAAUAACCAAACGUUUGUCACGUGCUGAUGUUUUUUGUAGACAAUAACAUUGUAUUCUAUGUACGAGUGAAAAGCCAACUUGAAUAAAUGCAUAUUUAAUGAUU